AUGGCGGACGAAGAGACGCGAAAACGUGCUAAGGACUCUUCAGAGGACAGCGCCGACGAAGGAGAAGACGAAGAAGAAGAUGUGAUUGGUCCAAUGCCGGCACCUCCUCCUAAAGCUAAGAAAAGGAGAGUCCUAGAGUUUGAGGAAGUUUACCUGUGUAACUUACCUUCUGCUGAAUCCUAUGAGAGGAGCUUUAUGCAUCGUGAUGUCGUCUCACAUAUACUUGUCACUAUAACGGAUUUUCUCAUAACGGCAAGUUGUGAUGGACACGUCAAGUUUUGGAAAAGACAAGAUGAUGGAGUUGAAUUUGUGAAGCACUUCAAAGCACAUAUGGGAAUGAUUCAUUGUAUUGCGGCAAGUGCUGAUGGACAGAUCAUGUGUUCCACAGCUGAGGAUAAAUCACUGAAAGUGUUUGAUGUCGUCAACUUUGAUAUGAUCAACAUGUUAAGACUGAAUUAUGAACCUGGGCGAUGUGAAUGGAUUUUCCCGCCUGGAGCUGCAGUGGCUGCUGUUGCAUGCUCAGAGAAAGAGACUGGAAUGAUCCAUGUUUAUGAUGGAAGAGGGAGCAGCACACCCCUUCACACAGUAAAUCUUCAUACAAAACCAAUCACAUUUAUCAAGUACAAUGCUGUUUAUGAUGUGGCUGUGUCAGCAGAUGAGGCAGGCAUGAUUGAGUACUGGUCUGGUAUCAAACAUGAUGUACAGUUCCCCAAAAAUGUCAACUUUGAAUUUAAGACAGAUACGGACCUCUUUGAAUUUAUUAUGUGCAAGACGUUUCCCAUAUCUUUAGCAUUCUCACCAGAUGGAAAAUUAUUUGCCACACUAGCAAUGGACAGAAAGGUAAGAGUGUUCAGAUUUUUAACUGGGAAGAAAACACGGGUAUUUGACGAGUCACUGCAAGUCUUUACAGAGAUGCAACAGCAAAAACAGCAACUUCCUGAUAUGGAAUUUGGUAGACGCAUGGCAACAGAGAGAGACUUAGAAAAAACGGAUACUUUGCGUUUCUGUAAUGUAGUAUUUGAUGAUAGUGGAUAUUUCGUGCUGUAUGCCACAAUGCUAGGAAUCAAAGUUAUCAACCUUCACACGAACAGAUGUGUAAGAACAAUAGGCAAGAUGGAGAAUGUUCGUUUUGUUCAACUCGCUCUACAUCAAGGCAAGGCCAAGAAAAGUAAAGCUGCAGUCACAAUGGAAAUGGAGGCAUCAGAAAACCCUUCGCUUCAAACUGUAGGCCCUGAUCCAAUGUUGUUUUGCACAGCAUCGAAGAAAAACAGAUUUUACAUAUUUUCAAGCAGGCAACCUGAUUUGAGUGGCGAAAGCGAUCGUGAUGUUUUCAACGAGAAACCUUCCAGAGAGGAGAUUCUUGCGGCUACUCAGGGGUCUGAAGGAACAAAGAAACUACCUGAACUGGCCACUCUUCACACAACAAUGGGUGACAUUACCUUUAAACUGUUCAGCCAAGAGUGUCCCAAAACUGUAGAAAACUUCUCAACCCACAGCGAGAAUGGUUAUUACAACACGCACAUUUUCCACCGCGUUAUUCAUCAGUUUAUGAUACAAACUGGUGAUCCAGAAGGUGAUGGCACUGGAGGGGAAUCUAUCUGGGGUGGUGAGUUUGAAGACGAGUUUCAUAGAAACUUGCGACACGAUCGACCAUUUACAGUAAGCAUGGCUAAUGCAGGACCGAACACAAACGGCUCGCAGUUCUUCAUCACUGUUGUACCAACGCCGUGGCUUGACAACAAGCACACUGUGUUCGGCCGCGUCGUCAAAGGAAUGGACGUGGUGCAAGAGAUAAGUAAGGUGAAGACAAAUCCUAAGGACGAUAAACCGUACGACGACAUCAAGAUUAUCAACGUUUCUUUGAAAGGCUAAGAUGACAUCAGUGCUGAGGAAAAGAAACGUGAAUUAACCACAAAUUUACACCCCCUCCUUAUCAUGCUGAACGAUAUGAAGUCAUCUCACCGGUUUUAACGAUUCAGGUAAAAAAUGGACGGUCCAACAAAAUGGAAUCAAAAGGAUUAAUCUUGAUGGCGACCGCAAUUUUUACAGUUGUUAUGAUUUGUGGAAGGACAAGCAGAAAUGCUAGUAAAAAAAACCUGUUGCUAACAUAACGUCAAGCCCACGUGACAAUUUGUAACGAACUCCAAACAUUUAGAGCGAUAAGUGGGAGCAAGCAUCAAUCUCUCUAGGAAAACAACAACGCAACUGUGACCACUUUUUAGGAAAUGUCUUGUUUUAUUUAAGACAAGUCGUUUCUUUUAUUAGGAACGAUAUUUUGUAAGAUACGCUUUUUAUAAAAUAAAUAACAUAUUCAUUCUGA